UCUGGUUGGGUCAGGGAGCACUGCGUGUCACUAGUGUGCGACUGGCAUUUUUUUGUUUCCCGCCCAUGGGCCCAGGGUGGGCUGGGCUGCUGCCCGAAGCGGGUGCCGGCAGUCCUUCCGCCGUCAUGUCAGACACAGACAGCGAUGAGGAUUCGGGUGGUGGAGGCCCAUUUUCUUUAACUGGGUUCCUCUUCGGCAACAUCAAUGGAGCGGGGCAGCUGGAAGGCGAAAGCGUCCUGGAUGAUGAGUGCAAGAAGCAUCUUGCAGGCUUGGGGGCUUUGGGUCUUGGCAGCCUCAUCACUGAACUGACAGCAAAUGAAGAAUUGUCUGGGACUGAUGGUUCCCUGAUAAAUGAUGAAGGAUGGAUUAGGAGUAGAGAAGAUGCUGUGGACUAUUCCGACAUCAAUGAGGUGGCAGAAGAUGAAAGUAGAAGAUAUCAGCAGACAAUGGGGAGCUUGCAACCCCUUUGCCAUACAGAUUAUGAUGAAGACGACUAUGAUGCUGAUUGUGAAGAUAUUGAUUGCAAAUUGAUGCCUCCUCCACCUCCACCCCCAGGACCAGUGAAGAAAGAGGACGAAGAUGAUAUUACUGAUGUGUCUGAAGAUGGAGAAGGCAUCAUCUUGCCCUCCAUCAUUGCCCCUUCCUCUUUGGCCUCAGAGAAAGUGGACUUCAGUAGUUCCUCUGACUCAGAAUCUGAGAUGGAACCUCAGGAAGCAGCACAGUCAGAAUCAAAGGAUGGAAAGCUGACUCUACCAUUGGCUGGGAUAAUGCAGCAUGAUGCCACCAAGCUGUUGCCAAGUGUCACAGAACUUUUUCCAGAAUUUAGGCCUGGAAAGGUGUUACGCUUUUUACGGCUUUUUGGACCAGGGAAGAAUGUUCCAUCUGUUUGGAGGAGUGCUUGGAGAAAGAGGAAAAAGAAGCACCGUGAACUUAUACAGGAAGAGCAUGUCCAGGAAGAGGAGAGCUCAGUAGAAUUAGAAGGCAGCCAGAAAUCUCUGUGGAACUAUGACUAUGCUCCGCCUCCACUUCCAGAGCAGUGUCUCUCUGAUGAUGAAAUCACAAUGAUGGCGCCUGUGGAGUCCAAGUUUUCCCAGUCAACUGGAGACACAGAUAAAGUAAUGGAUACCAAACCAAGAGUGGCAGAAUGGCGUUAUGGGCCUGCCCGGCUGUGGUAUGAUAUGCUAGGUGUUCCUGAAGAUGGCAGUGGAUUUGAUUAUGGCUUCAAAAUGAAGAAGACUGAACAUGAAUCUACAAUGAAAUGCAGCAGAAUGAAGAAAUUAAGGAAAGUUGAGGAAAGCAGUUCUACUGAUCUUCUGGCUGAUGAAAACUUCCUAAUGGUGACACAACUGCAUUGGGAAGAUGAUAUCAUCUGGGAUGGGGAGGAUGUCAAACACAAAGGAACAAAACCUCAGCGUGCAAGUUUGGCAGGCUGGCUUCCUUCCAGUAUGACUAGGAAUGCCAUGGCCUACAAUGUUCAACAAGGUUUUACAGCUACAAUGGAUGAUGAUAAACCUUGGUACUCCAUUUUCCCCAUUGAUAAUGAAGAUCUGGUAUAUGGACGUUGGGAGGACAAUAUCAUUUGGGAUGCUCAGAACAUGCCUAGAAUUCUGGAGCCUCCUGUUUUGACACUUGAUCCCAAUGAUGAGAACUUGAUUUUGGAGAUCCCUGAUGAGAAGGAAGAAGCUACUUCUAAUUCCCCUUCUAAGGAGAGUAAGAAAGAAUCAUCUCUGAAGAAGAGUCGAAUUCUCUUAGGAAAAACAGGAGUCAUCAAGGAAGAGCCACAGCAGAACAUGUCUCAGCCAGAAGUGAAAGAUCCGUGGAAUCUCUCCAAUGAUGAGUAUUACUAUCCUAAGCAACAGGGGCUUCGAGGUACUUUCGGAGGGAAUAUUAUCCAGCACUCAAUUCCAGCUGUAGAAUUACGGCAGCCUUUCUUUCCCACCCACAUGGGACCCAUCAAACUCCGGCAGUUCCAUCGUCCACCUCUAAAAAAGUACUCCUUUGGGGCACUAUCUCAGCCAGGUCCACACUCAGUCCAGCCUUUGCUGAAGCACAUCAAAAAGAAGGCAAAGAUGAGAGAACAAGAGAGGCAAGCCUCCGGUGGUGGAGAGAUGUUUUUUAUGCGUACACCUCAGGACCUCACAGGCAAAGAUGGAGACCUUAUUCUUGCUGAAUAUAGUGAGGAAAAUGGACCACUGAUGAUGCAAGUUGGCAUGGCAACCAAGAUAAAAAACUACUAUAAACGGAAACCUGGAAAAGAUCCUGGAGCCCCAGAUUGCAAAUAUGGAGAAACUGUUUAUUGCCAUACAUCGCCUUUCCUGGGUUCUCUUCAUCCUGGCCAAUUACUGCAGGCAUUUGAGAACAACCUUUUUCGUGCUCCAAUUUAUCUUCAUAAGAUGCCAGAGUCUGACUUCCUGAUCAUUCGAACAAGGCAGGGUUACUAUAUUCGAGAGUUAGUGGAUAUUUUUGUUGUGGGCCAGCAGUGUCCCUUGUUUGAAGUUCCUGGUCCUAACUCCAAAAGGGCCAAUACACACAUCCGAGACUUUCUUCAGGUUUUUAUUUACCGGCUCUUUUGGAAGAGUAAAGAUAGGCCACGGAGGAUACGGAUGGAAGAUAUAAAGAAAGCCUUUCCUUCACAUUCAGAAAGCAGCAUCCGCAAGAGGCUAAAGCUGUGUGCUGACUUCAAACGUACAGGGAUGGAUUCAAACUGGUGGGUGCUGAAGUCUGAUUUUCGUUUACCAACGGAAGAGGAGAUCAGAGCUAUGGUAUCUCCAGAACAGUGCUGUGCUUAUUAUAGCAUGAUAGCUGCAGAACAGAGACUAAAGGAUGCUGGCUAUGGAGAGAAGUCCUUUUUUGCUCCUGAGGAAGAAAAUGAAGAAGAUUUCCAGAUGAAGAUUGAUGAUGAAGUUCGUACUGCUCCUUGGAAUACUACAAGGGCUUUCAUUGCUGCCAUGAAGGGCAAAUGUCUCCUGGAGGUGACUGGAGUAGCAGAUCCUACAGGCUGUGGUGAAGGGUUCUCCUAUGUGAAGAUUCCAAACAAACCAACACAGCAGAAGGAUGAUAAGGAGCCGCAGCCAGUGAAAAAGACAGUCACGGGAACAGAUGCAGACCUUCGUCGCCUGUCUCUGAAAAAUGCCAAGCAACUUCUUCGUAAAUUUGGUGUGCCUGAAGAAGAGAUUAAAAAGUUGUCCCGCUGGGAAGUUAUUGAUGUGGUACGCACAAUGUCAACAGAACAGGCUCGCUCUGGAGAGGGGCCCAUGAGUAAAUUUGCCCGUGGAUCAAGGUUUUCAGUGGCUGAGCAUCAAGAACGUUACAAAGAGGAAUGUCAGCGCAUCUUUGACCUACAGAACAAGGUUUUAUCAUCAACAGAGGUCUUAUCAACUGACACAGAUAGCAGCUCAGCUGAAGACAGUGACUUUGAAGAGAUGGGAAAGAAUAUUGAGAAUAUGCUGCAGAACAAGAAAACAAGCUCUCAGCUGUCUCGGGAGCGGGAGGAGCAGGAACGGAAGGAACUUCAGCGGAUGCUACUAGCAGCAGGCUCAGCAGCAGGAGGAAACAAUCACAGAGAUGAUGACACAGCUUCGGUGACUAGCCUUAACUCUUCUGCCACUGGCCGCUGUCUCAAGAUUUAUCGAACAUUUAGAGAUGAGGAGGGGAAGGAGUAUGUCCGUUGUGAGACAGUCCGAAAAGCAGCUGUUAUUGAUGCUUAUGUACGCAUACGGACUACAAAAGAUGAAGAGUUCAUUCGAAAAUUUGCCCUUUUUGAUGAGCAACACCGAGAAGAGAUGAGAAAAGAACGGCGGAGGAUUCAAGAACAGUUGAGGAGACUUAAACGGAACCAGGAAAAGGAAAAGCUGAAGGGGCCGCCUGAGAAAAAGCCCAAAAAAAUGAAGGAACGUCCUGACUUAAAAUUGAAAUGUGGAGCAUGUGGUGCCAUCGGGCACAUGAGGACAAAUAAAUUCUGCCCCCUUUAUUAUCAAACAAAUGCCCCACCUUCUAACCCUGUUGCCAUGACAGAGGAACAAGAGGAAGAGCUGGAAAAAACAGUCAUUCAUAAUGAUAAUGAAGAACUUAUCAAGGUUGAAGGGACCAAGAUUGUUUUGGGCAAACAGCUAAUUGAGAGUGCGGAUGAAGUUCGCAGAAAAUCUCUGGUCCUGAAGUUCCCUAAACAACAACUUCCUCCCAAGAAAAAACGGCGGGUUGGAACCACUGUUCACUGUGACUAUUUGAAUAGACCUCAUAAAUCCAUCCACCGGCGCCGGACAGACCCGAUGGUGACGCUGUCUUCAAUCUUGGAGUCUAUUAUCAAUGACAUGAGAGAUCUUCCAAACACAUACCCUUUCCAUACUCCAGUUAAUGCAAAGGUUGUAAAGGAUUAUUACAAAAUCAUCACUCGGCCAAUGGAUCUACAGACACUCCGUGAAAAUGUGCGCAAACGCCUUUAUCCAUCUCGGGAAGAAUUCAGAGAACAUUUGGAACUAAUUGUGAAAAAUAGUGCAACUUAUAAUGGGCCAAAACACUCACUGACUCAGAUUUCUCAAUCCAUGCUGGAUCUCUGUGAUGAAAAACUCAAAGAGAAAGAGGAUAAGUUGGCACGUUUAGAGAAAGCUAUCAACCCCUUGCUUGAUGAUGAUGAUCAAGUAGCGUUUUCUUUUAUUCUGGAUAAUAUUGUUACUCAGAAAAUGAUGGCAGUUCCAGAUUCUUGGCCAUUUCAUCACCCAGUUAAUAAGAAGUUUGUUCCAGAUUAUUACAAAGUAAUUGUCAGUCCAAUGGAUUUGGAGACUAUACGUAAAAAUAUCUCCAAGCACAAAUACCAGAGUCGAGAGAGCUUUCUAGAUGAUGUAAACCUGAUUCUGACCAACAGUGUUAAGUACAAUGGGCCUGAGAGUCAAUAUACUAAGACUGCUCAGGAGAUUGUGAACGUUUGUCACCAGACAUUAACUGAGUAUGAUGAACAUUUGACUCAACUUGAGAAAGAUAUUUGUACAGCUAAAGAAGCAGCUCUGGAGGAAGCAGAAUUAGAAAGUCUUGACCCAAUGACUCCAGGACCUUAUACACCUCAGCCUCCUGAUUUGUAUGAUAACAGCACAUCCCUCAGUGUUUCUCGAGAUGCUUCUGUAUAUCAAGAUGAGAGCAAUCUGUCUGUUUUGGAUAUUCCCAGUGCUACUUCAGAAAAGCAGCUAACACAGGAAGGUGAAGACGGAGAUGGUGACCUUGUAGAUGAAGAGGAAGAAACUGUACAACAGCCCCAAGCUAGUGUCCUGUAUGAGGAUUUGCUUAUGUCUGAAGGCGAAGAUGAUGAGGAAGAUGCUGGGAGUGAUGAAGAAGGAGACAACCCUUUCUCUGCUAUUCAGCUAAGUGAAAGUGGAAGUGACUCUGAUGUGGAAUCUGGCAGUAUAAGACCCAAACAGCCCCGCGUGCUUCAAGAGAAUACAAGGAUGGGCAUGGAAAAUGAAGAAAGCAUGAUGUCUUAUGAGGGAGAUGGUGGGGAAGCUUCUCGUGGUUUGGAGGAUAGCAACAUCAGUUAUGGGAGCUAUGAGGAGCCUGAUCCCAAGUCAAACACCCAGGAUACAAGCUUCAGCAGCAUCGGUGGCUAUGAGGUAUCAGAGGAGGAAGAAGAUGAGGAAGAGCAGCGUUCUGGGCCCAGCGUACUAAGCCAGGUCCAACUCUCGGAGGACGAGGAGGACAGUGAAGAUUUCCACUCCAUUGCUGGAGACACUGACUUGGACUCUGAUGAUGAAUGAGGUUUCCUUUAAGCCUCUUCAGCCACCCUAGGUCUAGUACCUUUCCCCCAGCUUGUGGAUAUGUAUAUAGUAGAUAAUAAUUAUAUCACUAGAUUAAUAUCUUAGUUUUAGUAGUAAAUAGAAAUAGUAAUUAUUUCUCUAGAUCGUAGAGUAGCAAGUUCUUUUCCCUAACCACUACCAACAAGAGGGAGCAGACUCACUCUUCCUCAUUACACUCCUCUAAUGGCAUUUAUUGUUCUUGUUGUAUAAACAUGCCACCAUUUUACUUUCUAAUAGGCAGACUGGAAGAGAUGGAAACCCCUCUGCUGGAUUAGAGAAUUAGGUCCUGAUGGGUUGGCUCUGCACCACACUUAAAAUACAAUCCUGUUAGACAAACUAGUUGUUCAUAUAGUACUCACUUGGAUAGACAAUGCCUUGUUGCUAAAUACAGGGAUGUAGCUAUAAAUCUCUAAAACAGCCUAUGUAUCCAAAGGACAGGUGGUCAUGUAAAUGUACUCUCCCCCACUCAGAAGAAAUUAUAGGAAAAUGGUUAGUUCCUUAGGGCAAAGACUGUCUUUUGUUUCUUUUUAUGCUUAGGAUAUGGUUUUAUGCAAAGUAGCUACUCAGUAGAUGUUCUUAAAAUCACAAAAUCCCAAUAGAUAAGUUACUGUAUAUCUGAUUCAUGUAAAGCACUCUAUCAGAUCUUGGGAGUGGAAAGGUUAAAUAAGAGCUUGCCAUCAAGUUGGGGCAGUGAGACUGGAAUUCAAACAAUGUUAAUAAAUCAUAGAACUCUAAGUACAAUUGAGAAGUAGCUAUAAAGUACAAAGAAAAAAAUUAGAAGAGGUCAUGUGUGGAAAAGCAGAGAAAGAAAUCUAGUGGUUACCUGAAAGCUGAUUAUUGAGAAGUUAUGAGUACUGUCUCAAAAACUUCAGGCAGAGGGUUAACAUGAAGGUAAUAUUCACAGUCUAGAUAGGAUAGGAUGUGUUCCUUGUGCCUGCCUUGUUUCAGAAAGGAUGAUGGAGACAUGAUACUGAAAGACAGACAGGAAGCUUAUCUUUAAGAGCUUUGCAUUUAAGCUAGGCAUGAUGGCACAGGCCUUUAAUCCCAGCAUCCAGGAGGCUGAGGCAGGUGGAUCUCUUGAGUUCUAGUACAGCCAGGGCUAUAAAGCAGAAACCCUGUCUCAGAAAAGCAAAAGAGAGAGAUAGAGAAAAAGAGAGUUGCAUUUGAUACCAGUGAGUAAAUGUUAUAUUUAAGAAAAUAAAGUUAAGGACUAUAUUAUAUUUGUUUAAGAAAUUUUCAGGCCAGCAGUGGUGGCACAUACCCUUAAUCCCAGCACUUGGGAGACAGAGGCAGGUGGAUUUCUGAGUUCCAGGCCAGCCUGGUCUACAGAGUGAGUUUCAGGACAGCCAGGGCUACACAGAGAAACCCUGUCUCAAAAAACCAAACCAAACAAAACAAAAAACCCCAAAACAAAGAAAUUUUCAGAAUGUUGAAUGAAGAUAGAAAUUGAGUAAAAUAAUAGACAUGUAUGAUUCAAUUUGUGUAAAAGUCAAAUUGGGUAUAUAUGAUAUGCUUAUAUAUACUUGUAUGUGCAAAGGAAAAGAUAUGAAAGAACAUACAUGAAAGUGUUAGCAGUAAUAACCCUGAGGGGUGGGAAUGGAGAGGAGGUGGUUUAUUUGGUUUAUGUACACUAGGUAAGUGUUAUGCUUUUAUUUCUGUAUCUCAAUUUUAUAAUGUGUAUUUUUUUUGUAAUAAAAUGUUAAUUUAA